UGUAGGAUUCGAACAGAAACGUGUAUCGCAUAGUGUUAGAGGGUCGUCGGUUAGAUCGGUAUUACUAACUAAAAGUUGUGAAAUUCUUUUCGAACCGAUGUGUUGAUUGAAAUGAAAAGUAAAGUUUGUUUUCUCGGAUUUAAUGUUGUUCAACGAAAUAUAUAUAUUUUUUGUAUGUAAAAAUGAUUUGAAAAGAUUUGUGUAAAGUCAACAUCCUCCCAUAUAAGCUGAAAAUGGAAAAUUAAUUUAAAAAAAAAGAAAAGAAAGAGAAAUCGAUCCGUGUCGUAGUUUCUUGUGAUCAUAAAAUUAAAAUUAAAAUUAAAAUUUAAAAUCCAACGAAAAGGUUAUUAAAAAUGACCGUCAACAACCGUGAAAAAUGUUGUAUUGGUCUUGUGUGGUAAAUGUACCAAUUGAAUAGUGUAAAGUUAUGCAAUUAAAAAAGAAAAUAUUAACGAACGUGAUAAUAAUGUAAAGUGUCCACUUGUGCAGUGUAAUGUGUUAGUCAGCUUAAUAAAAUAUUCGUUUUUAAAUUUAAAACUAACGUGCCAUAAAAUGAGUUACACAAAACCAACUGCGCUUAUUUUACUAAUGUUUCUAUUGGCUUUCGUUGUUGUGACUUUGUGUAAUGAAGUGCGGAAUAGAAAACAUCAACAAAGUGAGGAAGGAUUAAUUGGAUUUAACAUCAAAAACCAUAACAACAAUAAAAAGAACAUUUUUCGCAGAGGUCAACGUCUUAAGAAUAACAGAAAUGCUGUACGACUUUUGGCCGGUCUGUCGAAACACAAUAUCCAAGGAGGUGGAUCUUGGCCACCGGUACUAAAUAUUGCCGCCAAAUCAUCGAUAACCGUAAACGCAACAUGUGGUCAAAAUGGACCCGAAGAAUACUGCGAUAUGAUCGAUGCUGACACGCACAGGUCGCGUGCAUCACAUUGUGGAAUUUGUGAUGCAAACGGUACGGAUUUUGAUAAACGACAUCACAUCGAAUAUGCAAUUGAUGGAACGAAUCUAUACUGGCAAAGUCCUUCGCUGGAGUAUGGCGAAAAAUUUGAAUACGUGACAAUUACGGUGGAUUUGAAACAGAACUACCAAGUCACGUACAUCAAACUGUUGUCAGCCGUUUCACCGACACCUGCUUCGUGGAUAUUAGAGAGGUCAUUGGACGGUGAAAAUUUCGAGCCGUGGCAAUAUUUCAGUACCAGUGACUCGGAAUGUUUGAGUAGAUACAAUUUGUCAGCCCAUCAAUCGUCGUAUCGGUUUCGUUCCGACACGGAAGUGACCUGUAACACGAAAUUUUCGAAGCAAUUUUCACUCGAAAACGGAAAGAUAAAUUUAUCGCUCGUAAAUCAUCGGCCUGGGGCUAACACCUCUUCAAUUGAACUACUGGAAUUCACAUUAGCGAGAUAUGUGCGAUUGCGUUUGCAAAGUAUGCAUAAAACAGAAAGAAGAUUUUAUUCGAUUCGACAUUUGAAAAUCGGUGGUCGAGUUGAUUGUUCGGGACAUGCAAGCGAAACGACAAAUUCGGGUGAUGAUAUCGACGAAUGUGUAUGCCUUCACCAUACAUGUGGAACAAAUUGCGAAAAGUGCUGUCCACUCUACAAUCAAAAAGCUUACCUGCAAGGCACUUUGACUGAAAUUAAUCGAUGUGAAAAGUGCGAGUGCAACGGACAUGCGACGGAGUGUUACUAUAAUCCGGAAGUAGAUCAAAGAGGAUUGAGCAUCAAUACUGAAGGAGUAGCUAGUGGGGGUGGAGUGUGUCUUAAUUGUUCUGAUCUCACUGCUGGAAUAAAUUGUGAAAAAUGUAUUCCCCACUAUUACCGACCGUAUGAUGUACCGGCAGAUGCAUCCAAUCCAUGCAUUCCUUGCGACUGUGAUCCGAAAAGUUCAGAUGGUGCAUGUAGCAGCAUCGGAGGUGAAUGCAACUGUAAACCGGGAUUUAUGGGACCAAAAUGCUCGGAAUGUAUGCCUGGUCAUACGGGUGAAAACUGCAGCCGAUGUGCAUGUGACAAAAGAGGAACUAUGCACGGCGGUGAAUGUGAAUCUCAUUGUCAAUGUAAGCUACAUGUGGAGGGACGUCUUUGUGAUCAAUGUAUUCAAGGCUAUUUCGCUCUUAGCUCAACGAAUUCAGAAGGUUGUAUGAAGUGCUAUUGUUCGGGUGUCUCUCAGGUUUGCAGCAGUCAAACUAUACAAUACUCGUCGUACGAAACAUUGGAAAACUGGAAAGUGACUGAUAUAUCAAAGCAGAACUUCGCAUACCCUUCGAUAGAUAAUGACACCGGAAAUCUGGUGUUCGGUAUGUAUGAAUUCCCAGAAACUGAGGCGGUAUACUGGCUGGCCCCACAACAAUACUGUGGUAAUCUUCUGCAAAGCUACGGAUCUCAAUUGUCGUUUCACAUGGCAUGGAUUAUCGUUAGAGGAGACACAAGCGGAAAGCCUACCUCUGGUCCGAGUAUCAUUUUGAUUGGAAACAAUGGACUGAAAAUAGCGUACGGUGAUAAUAUUUACAAACAUUCCAAUGCUUCGAUAAGUGUCCUGCUAUCGGAAGAGGGUUGGUAUCAUGUUCCACGAACAGUCAAAGAUAUUGUGACCCGAUUAAGACGGACAGAGUAUCGCGGUGAUCCAGUUACCAGAGUGCAAUUCAUGUCAGUGUUGAGUGAUGUCGAAAGUGUUUUGAUUAGAGGAACUUUUCACACCGAUCAAGUCGAGAGUGUUUUGAUUGCAGCCAGUCUCCAUUCGGGUUACAGUGAUUCAGAUGAGACAGAAUUUAAUUUAGUAGAAGUGUGUGAAUGUCCAGUUGGAUAUACGGGACUGUCUUGUGAAAAGUGUGAAUUCGGUUAUGUACGGGUCUACGAAAACUCGACGUCACAUGAAAAACUCGGAAAAUGCGUUCCCUGCUCCUGUAAUGGACAUGCUCAAACCUGUGAUUUAGAACUGGAUAAGUGUGGAGAGUGCAUACACAAUACAUAUGGAGACAGAUGCGACAAAUGUGCGCCGGGUUAUUAUGGUAAUGCUAUGUUUGGAUCAGAACAUGACUGUAAACGAUGCAGUUGCCCUCUGUCAGUCGAAAGCAACAACUUUUCACCCAGUUGUCAGCUCAUAGAACUUAGCUUAGACACCAACCGUAUGUCGAACGAGCUUAUUUCACGACACCGAAAUCUGAGCUUGGAUUAUAUUUGUACUCAGUGUCCAGAUGGCUAUACCGGAGCUAAAUGUGAAACUUGUGACGAUGGAUUUUAUGGUAGGCCGGAUGUGAUUGGAUCAAAGUGUCUACCAUGUCCUUGUAAUGGCGGCCCUUGUGAUCAAAAUACAGGGCGAUGCAUAGCUUGCUUAGGGAACACUGAAGGAUGGAGAUGUGAACGCUGUAAGGACGGUUAUUGGGGUGAUCCACACGACGGCUGUGAACUGUGCAACUGUUAUGAAACCGGUGCUUUAAGCAAUGUCUGUGAUGUAACAAAUGGUCAAUGUGUUUGCAAACCGCGCUACAGCGGACAUCAGUGCGAUGAAUGUGAGUUCGGCUAUGGAAAUAUAACAAUAGACUGUCCACCAUGCGAAUGUAAUGCAAACGGAUCAUCGGACACAUUUUGUGAUACCGACAACGGUCAAUGUCCCUGUAAAAUGGGUGUAGAAGGAUUGAAAUGCGACAUCUGCAUGGAUACAUACUUUGGACUUUCGAUUGAUGGAUGUGAAGAAUGUCGUUGCAAUCCAUACGGUUCGCUGAAUCGAUCCUGUAAUAGAUACCAUGGACGAUGUCAUUGCCACGAAAAUGUAAUCGGCCGUCAAUGUGACCGUUGCCAAAGUGGAUAUUGGCAUCUAGAGUCAGGUCGUGGUUGCAAACGGUGUGCGUGUAAUGGAACUGGAAGUGAUAACGAUGUUUGUGAUUACUACACUGGACAAUGUAGUUGCAAGCCAGGUGUUGGUGGUCUUGAAUGCAAUCAAUGUUUGGACGGAUAUUAUGGAUUUUCCGAAAGAGGAUGUCGAAGAUGCGACGAAUGCCACAAUUCGGCUUUCAUCUGUGAUUCGAAGAGUGGACGGUGCGUAUGUCCCGAACUAAGCAAAGGUUCGGAUUGUCAGUACUGUUAUCCGAACUCGUGGGGAUGGGAACAUCGGAAAGGCUGCAAGCUAUGCGAUUGCGAUAACUCAGGAUCAAUAGGCCAAUCGUGUGACCUUUAUACAGGUGAUUGUAUUUGUCGUGAAGGUUUCGUCGGUCGGCGUUGCGACCAAUGCAGUCCGGGAUACUUUGGUUACCCUGACUGUAAGCGCUGUGGUUGCAACAAACACGGCUCUCUAUCGCUGGACAAUGGUAUCAUCCAGUGCGACGAUUUGGGCCAAUGUCCAUGUAAAUCAUUGGUGACCGGACACAAAUGCGAUCAAUGCCGUCAGUCCACGUUCGGUAUAUCGCAAUACAAUCCUGACGGUUGUACAAGAUGUUUUUGUUUCGGACGUUCGCAGAAUUGCCAUCAGAGCAAUCUCAUUUGGGGACAGAUUCGAUCUUAUGGUUCUCGAAAUUUGAGUGUGGAAUAUGUGCCAUCAGAGUAUGAAUACGUGGUUGUGAUACAGAUGGAAGGCAGUAGAGUGUCAAGAGAAGACUCUGAAAUUGAAAUGAUGUUCGGGCUCCAUUUGAUUCCCAGCUCGAUUGGAAAUGUUUCAGUUGGUUCGCGGACGCCGUAUCGAAUGCCGCUAUACUUCCAGUUACCCACCCAAUUUUAUGGUGAUCGUUUGACCAGCUACAAUGGUUUCUUGAAAUAUUCUAUUGCAACUGAGGGACAGCCAACACCUAUCGAUUCAAAGAAACUUAAUCAAUUUCCGUUAGUACAGCUACACGCUCAUAACAACCUAAUUCUGGAUUAUUUUGGUCCGGUGAUCAACGAAAGUCUAUCACAUGCCAACUACUCCAUUCCUCUGAAAGAGACCCACUGGCGAUAUCACUAUAAUGGUCACAAUAUAACGCGAGCUAUCAUGAUGACGGCUAUGCAGAACGUUCGGCAUAUAUUUGUACGAGGAACAUCAUGGACAGAUUUCACCCAGGUCGUCAUAAGUAACGUAACAUUAGACACUGGAAUCUACGUGUCCGGUGCUAACAAUAACGUUGCAAUCGGUGUCGAGACUUGUGAAUGUUCCACCGAAUACAAUGGUACAUCGUGUCAAGAUCCCGGAUAUGGGCGAUACAGAUGGAAGGACUGGGAAAAGGUCGAACAGGAACUGGAAGAUUUUAUCGGUCGAUCCGUUCCGUGCAACUGUAACGGUCGCAGUGAUGUAUGUGAUAUCGAAACCGGAUACUGUCGACAAUGUCGCGAUUCCACGGGUGGACCGAAUUGUGAUAUGUGCCAAGAAGGAUAUUAUGGUAAUCCAGAUAUUGGCUGCGAGGCCUGUCCAUGUCCGGAGACAAAUCGUAAUUUUGCGCGUGGCUGUAAUAUCAAUAAAGGCAAAGUGAGUUGCAUAUGCAAAACAGGGUAUACGGGUCAGCUGUGUGACAAAUGCAUGCUGGGAUACUAUGGUAAUACGGAGGGAUUGAAUGGAAAAUGCAGUGAGUGCGACUGUGAUCCUGACGGCAUCGUUUCGAAUGAAUGCGAUGAAAUUACUGGACAAUGCAAUUGCAAGCCAGGUAUAACUGGACGCCGAUGCGAUCGAUGCGACCAAUCGAAAUAUAUUUUACAGGAUAGACAGUGUCGACUUUGUGAUAAUUGUACGCUAACACUUCUUGCUCGAACGGAUGAACUGACUGAAGUUUUAGAUGAGGGUUCCAGUCACAUCGACUUAAGCGGUGUACCUGCCCCUUGGCCCAGACUAACGAGCUUCGAAAAUCAGUCGGUGUUCGUUGAACAAAGGUUGGAUGACUUCUACAUAGUUCAGACAUAUGUGGAAGAGUUCGACGACGAUGUUAUUGAGAAGCUCCUAUCUAAAGCAACGCAUCUUAACAAGAAGCUGCAAAAGAUUUUCACCAAAGUUGACAAACGAAAUACCGGCUCAGAGCUUGUGAAAAACGAUUUCUUCGCCUUCCUUAACGAAACCAAUCAAUUGACUUGGAAAAUCCAAAAUACAAUCGACGAACUGAACUACUACGGAACGCAUGAUCAUCACAUCAAUUUACCAAUGGCCGUUCACGAAGCUCAAACCUUACUCGACAACAUUCGCAAGCGGUCGAUGAAUCAUGAAAAGGCGAAAACGGUUCUGGCUUGUGCUAGGGAAGCCCUUGAUUUUUGGUCAACGACCUCGGAAACAUUGACGCAGCAGUCACUGGAAACUGAUCAAUUGAAGUAUGACGUUGCAAUGAUAAAUAAACGAUUAGACGAUGCUCUACAAAUCGGUCAUCGAACGCAAAAUGUUCUCGACGCAGUCGUAUCCAAGCAUGGAAAAAAUUUGCAUGACUUUAAUGCUCUUGUCGAUCGUUAUGCGGAAGCUGACACAUUGAAACGGGACAUAUUCCAAGUGUUCAACAACAGUAUCGUUCCGCAGACAGAUGAACUAUUUGAAGAAAUUGGCGAUGCACAAAAUAAAUUGCUGCAAAUAAUGGAAGACAUAAACGUUUUGAAGGAAACCGUCAACGACACGAAUGCUGAAUGUGCGGAUGGUUUGACGGAUAUUCGGGAAAAUUAUUUACCCGAUGCCAAGGAACAUGCUAACGAUUUAAUGCAACGAGCAACGGAAUAUGCACAGCUGUUCAAAAAUACGAAGGACGGAGCCGCAGUUGCUUUGAUUGCAAGCACCGCUCACAAAGACAUCACCGACGCAAUUAAUUCAGCGAAAGAUAUGGCAAAACAAGCCGUAAAUGCUGUAGCUAAGAGUCAACAGGAACUCUAUCCACCAACUGGUAUGUCCGUUAUCGAUAUCGGCAUGAAAUCGCUGGCAAUUUCCCAUGACAUUCAGCAAGAUGCUUUACGAGAAAUUGACAAACUCGGAGAUUUGGAAGACGAUCUGAAAGGACAUCAAAAGGUGGUUGAUACAAUUAAAAACACCAUUUGGCAGACAGGAUUGGCAAACAACAACAUAUCUUCGACCCUAAACACUCUAAACAACAAUGCGACCAUGAAAAUAGUCGUCGAACAUCUGAAUACAUCGGCCAAAAUAUCGGACCAGAUGAGAGAAGUGCGCAGGGGUGCCGUGGACAUUAGCAGUGAUGUAUACAAAUUGAAAAUGAAAUUAACCUCGCUCGAACCGCAAUGGGAUACAAAGCUUGGCAUGGCCGAAGAAAAUGUAUCGCAAUCAUUGAGUAAUAUUCGUGCAGCUAAUAACACCUUGAACAACAUCGAAAUGAUUUCAGCCAAACAUAAUGAAAAGUUUCGAAAAUGGAACGAAACAGUUGGCUCACAAUUGCAAGAACUUCGUGAUAAAAUAGCCAAAGCCAGGCAUGCAGCUGAAGGCAUUCGAGUAUCGUUGGAAUCCAACACCCCGAAAUGCAUACGUUCCUAUAUACCACAUGCAUUCGGCCUCACCACAUCGAAUACCAUAAAAAUGUCGAUAGCUUUAAGCAUGAACAGCGUAACGUCUCCGUUGCUGUUUAUCCAGGGCGACAACUCGAAAUUUAUUGCCAUUGAAAUGGUAAAACGAAAAAUCCGACUCGUUUGGAAUCUGGGUGGUGAUACAGCGAUUGUAACGCACCCAGUGGAAAUUCAAACAAGAGAUCCGAAAUAUGACGACGCCUGGUAUCAAAUUGAAGUGAAUCGAACAAUGAAUUUGGGAAGCUUGGUCGUUCGUCAGAUGACCAAUUUGGGCACAUACGUUCCGGCAAAGACAAACACCGGCUUCUCGAACAACGAACAUACUCGCUUCUUGAUAACGCCAAACAAUCGAAUAUGGGUCGGAGGCAUACCGGCCGACAUUAAGCCCAGAGAAUUGCAAUCGGAUGUUGGCUUAGGUGUGAUCGUUCAUCAGGUAGUCAUCGACGAUAAACAGAUUGGCCUGUGGCAUUUCGCUCACAGCGAAGGGGAGUGUAAUGGGGCAAUGUUAGGAGCGCAUGGUGAAACGUUGACAUCGAAUUCGAGACAUUUUAAUGGUGAAGGAUAUUCUGCCAUUUCUCGUGUUGGUUCGAAAUUGUACAGAAACAAUUUCUUCUCGCUACAAAUGACGUUCAAAACGUUGGAUGAAAAUGCGCUACUGUUUCUGGCUGUCGAUGAGAAAAAUAAUCGUUCCAUUUCACUAACGCUACACGAUGGAACUUUGGUGUUCCGCAUAGAUUAUGGAGGAGAAUCGAAACUAGAAAUCAACACGACGAAAAAAUACAAUUCCGGCAAAUGGGUGAAGGUAGAAGCGUCCCGCGCGUUUACGAAAAAAACAUCUGAAAAUGGCAACCUGAAGGUGAACAAUGAAGAGGAAAAAACUGGCUCGCCGACGACACCAAUCACAGCUAAUCUGCUUCCCGAACUAUCUGACUCAGUUUAUUACGUCGGUGGAGUGCCACCCGGUUUCCGGUCAGGAAUCACUAAAGCUCCUGGAGCUGAUCAUGCAUUCUUAGGAUGCAUGAAAGAUCUUCAAAUAAACGACGAUGCUUACGAUCCGUUAGAUAGUUCGGCGUAUUUCGGGGUCGAACCAACGUGUAAAGAUAGCCUGACAAAGGCUGGAUUCUAUGGCAACGGAUUCAUAGAACUACCAUCUCAUUCGCUACGAAAGAGAGCCAGUUUCGGAUUCGUCUUCCGAACGCUACAACCCGAGUGUUUGAUCAUGUUGUCGGCGUAUCCACCAUCCACCACUGACGAAUACGAUUCCAAAGACAAAAAGGGAAAUUAUUCCGUAUCAUUGGUUGAAGGUCGUGCGCAUGUGUGGAUAGAUGCUGGUACGGGCCGAUUGGAAUUAGUGUCAAACGUAACUGUUAACGACGGCGAAUUCCAUGUCUUGAGUGUUCAGCGUCAGGGUCGCAAAUUCGAACUGCGCAUUGACGAUGAAUUCCAAGCCAGUCGAAGCUUUACAUCGAAUCGGUCGGCCAUCAAUAUGCCAGGUGAAUUGGGUGGCUUGUACUUCGGUGGAGCUCCCGAUUUUCCGGAAUAUGAUAAUUUGGUGCCGGUGGCAGCGUUUGUCCCGUUCCAAGGAUCGAUCAAAGAUGUCGUUUUUAACAAUGGGACGAUGUUGUUCAAUCAGGCGUUGAACUUUACAAACGUUCAAAUUGGUCGAGCGGGUCCAGCUAUGGGCUACCAAGGAUUGAAUAAUGUGCUGAUGCAAACGGAACCGAUUGGAAAGAGUUUUACCGCUGCUCCUGAAGGUUGUCACAGGGUUGGAAUUUACUCGUAUGAACCGAAUGCAUUCAAAUUUGGAGAUGGACCGCACAGCCACUCCACGAUCAACAUACCAACGAGACAUCUGUGGCAAAAGAAUUUCAACAUUCAAUUCGAUUUCCGGACAUUUUAUCCGAAUGGAGUGCUGUUCGUAGCGCCGGGUACAAAAGAGAAACCGAAACAUUUUAUCGGUUUAAUAUUACGCGAUGGUCAGCUUAAUUUGAUUGUUCGUGGACGUAAGAAGGAAGAACUCAAUUUACCGAAACAAUUAAACGAUGGACAGUGGCACCACGUUAUCCUGAACAGUGUGGCUAAGAAACUGAACGUACGAGUGGAAAUUGGUAUGAACGGGCAAUAUUCGUCAGCAAAUAUCAAAUUGCCGAAACGGAUUAGUGCCGCUAACAUGAUGUACGUGGGUGGCAUAUCCGAAAACAGUUUAACAUUGCCGUCGGAAUUGGUGGCUAAAUUGGAAGGGUUUAAGGGGUGCGUUCGACGGUUUAGAGUGAAUAAUAACACGCAGGAUCUGGUAAGGCCAGGACGACAUUUCAAUGUUGGACAAUGCUUUCCAAAAGUGGAAAAAGGAUCGUAUUUUCCAGGAGACGCAUACGCCGUGUACAAACGAAAUUUCCACGUCGGAAAAUACCUAGAAUUAGGAUUUGAAUUCAGAACGUCAGAACUAAAUGGUGUUCUACUUAGCGUAGCGGAACCAGUCGGUUUCCCUGCAUUAUCGAUCGAACUUCAUAACGGAAAGGUGGUUAUGUCCUGUGAUUUGGGAGACGGCAAUCCAUUCCGUGUGGAGACCGACAAUUUGCCGUCCAAAUUCACUGUGUGCGACAAUAAAUGGCAUAACAUUACCGCAAUGUAUGAUUCGGAACAGAUUGCUUUACGGAUCGAUCACCAUGACUCGUUGACCACGCUUGCCCAGCAUAGGAUGUCCGGAAAGGUUCAUACCAAAUCGCCACUGUACAUUGGCGGAUUACCAGAUACUGCACCCAGCGGUACACUAUUGAGUCGCGAUUCAUUCAAAGGAUGCAUUCGUAAUGUCCUCAUUCGCGACGAAUUGAAAGACUGGACUGAUAUGGACGAUUUGCAUAACAUUCUGCUAAGUGAAUGUCUGGCAAUUCACUGAAAAACGAUCAAAAGCGGAACAGAGUGGUGGACGAUGUAUUUACAUUCGGUACUGAAUACGGAAAAAAGCAAAGUGAAAAAUGUGGCAAAUAAAAACCGUUUCGUUUUAACUACGAUGAAUGUGUUCAAAUUUGUUUUUAGCGAAAAUAUAUAAAAAAAGGAAGAUGAUUUAGUUGAGUGUGGUUCACGUUUCUUUACGUUUAUUGUUCAUUGUAAGAUACAUGUACUUAGAAUUUCCAACGUUUCACAGUAUAAUCAUAAAUCAACUUGUAAAUUAUUAAGCCACGUGAAAGUGCUUUAAAAUAUAUCAAAAAGUGUGUGUGCGCUUUUGCUUCGCUUAUAUAUUUAUAAGCUCCGAAAUUGAAACGAAUUUGAAUGCAAAGUAAUGAUAAUUGUAAGUGAUUUGUGUGAUUGUUUGGUGGUUUGUUUUGUGGUCGUAUAGCACAUAAUUUUCCAUUGAAGUGUGUACAUUGUGUACACAUAACAACUGAAACCACUUUUAUUUUCGAAUGAAAAAAGAAAGAAAGAAAAUGUUUCAAGUGUACGUACGUGUACACCAUUCUGUGUGGCAUAAAUAUUAUGGUGUGUUGUUUGCAUGAAUUAUAACUGACACGAUCUCGUGUGCUCUAAAUAUCUAAAUUUUGUAUGUUUUCCAAAAUCGAUAAGUUUUACGUUUUUAUUACAUAUACGAAAGCGAUAUAUCCAUCUAUCCAUGUAUUCCAUGAUUGGUGCGGUUGUUCAACGAUUUUAUUAUUUGUUUUUGAUUUUUUUUUUAAAUAAACAAGAACAACAUGAAAUUAAUAUUAAAUGCACACAUAGAGUUACGCUUAAAUAUUUAUUCUAUUUUAGAAAAUUGAGUAUAAGAUUUUCAUUCGAUUUUAAGCUGAUGGAUGGACGUGUGAGAUUCAGUGUGAAUGUUUCAAAACAUUAUUAGUUGCUGAUGGUUGCGUGAAUUCUAGCAAGGAUGUUUAGCACUUAAUGAAUUUAGAGGCUUCGACAGAUUAUAUUUAUAUGGAAAAUGAAAA